UCCUGAGGAGGACCAGGUGAUAAUCAAGGUGAUGUCUUCCCCCAGACUCAUUCCCCUGUGGAAGGAUUUUAAAUACCUCAUAAAUGAUAUAUAUCAAAUCAAGCAAACUGUAGAUGACCCAAAGAGUGAGGUCAUUGUGCUGAGUGACCGGUCCCAGAUAUUGUACAAAGAGUCUCGCCAUCCUCAGAAUAUGCCGCUUAUAUGCUAUUACUUCAGUGAUGCCAACUUCUUUGCCUCCCUCUCGUGGGUGUCAACAACCACAAAAGAAAUACAGGCUGUAGUAUGGAUGAAGAGCAAAACUGAGGACAUGGUUGAGAAGAGAACUUUCUCCAUGACCGAACGAUUGCCGCCCAUCCAGUCUAUGGUCCACACAGGUUCCUUUCAUAUCCUUGUGGCCUACUGUGGUGACCUGUUACUGCGGCUCUUUGGGGACCACUUUCGGUCAUUCAAACCCCUGGGUAUAGUGCCCUGCCGCUUCAACAUCAGCUGUCUCUGCUAUGACCCAGAAACAAAGAUGCUUCUGUCAGGCAUCCUGGGGGCAGUGGUCACCUGGAUCAUUGAGCGGAGUGGCAGGGGCCUCCAAAUCGCCCACGUGGUUUCCAUGUCUGGUGAAGAGUUUGUCCAGGACAUUGUGCUGAACGGCCCCGAUGGCUCCCUCCUAGCCCUGUGUGAGACUGUGGUGAGGGUCCUGGAGCGCCAGGGCCUGGGCCAGCUGGGAGAGCUGAAGAGGUUCACUUCUACCACCAGUGGCUCCUCCAUCACCUGCUGCUUCACCUGUUUUGAUCAGGGCUUUCUCUAUGCUGGAAACAAGACGGGGGAAAUCCAAGUAUGGAGCCUCAGUCGGAGCUACUCUCUGCACAGUUUCAAAGCCCAUUCAUCAACAGUGGUAUGCAUCCGCAGCCGGCCGGAAGCCCACACCCUGCUGACAGCCGGCAAGGAAGGCUUCAUCAAGGAAUGGAACCUGACUUCUGGGAACUUACUACGGCAGCUAGAACUUGGCGAGGAACUGUAUCGACUCCAGUUUAUUGAUAACAUUACUUUCUUCUGCCAGACUACCCACUCUUUCUCCUUGCGCCGCCUGCCUUGCUUCUAUAGCCUCUUCAACGUCUGUGGCUCCACUCCAGAGCAUGUGCGUCGGAUCCACUGUGGGAAUAACUGGUUCCGGAUCCUGUGCACUACUGAGGAUGGCUUGUUGCGUUUCGUGUCCCCACUAACAGGGGAUCUCUUGGUCCUCACGUGGCCCUUCUCAAUCGUGGACCAGGCUGUGGACUGGGCCUACGACCCAGAUAAAGAGGAGCUCUUUGUAGCAACAGGUGGCUCAGAGGUGCUGGUAUUUGAUACAACCCGCUGCCCUUGCCCAGCCAAGUAUCUUUUAUGCACUUCGCCAGAUGCUCAGGACCUGGUACAAUGCCUGGCGUAUGGGCAUUUCCACCUGGGUCGGGGUCUAGAAGGACUGAUGUUCUCUGGACACCAGAGUGGCAUGAUAAGAGUGCUUUCCCAGCACAGCUGUGCUCGAAUAGAGAAAUUCAUGCACUUUGGGGCUGUACUGGCACUCUGCACACUGCCCAGAGGACUUUUAAGUGGCCGAGAAAAUGCUCUUCUCUGUUCCUAUGGAAUGGAUGACUAUGUACGCCUAUCAGAAGCUGUGCUUGAAGGGACCAGAGUACAUCUGCGGCCCCUUGCCAGCAUUCUCAGCAGCUGUCACCUAAAACACCUAAUACUCUUGCCAAAGUCUGUGGGUGCCAUCACAGAGACUAACUGCCUGCGUCUCUGGAAGUUCCAUGACAUUCUGGUCUCUGAGACAAAGUUAGGCUCGACAUUCAUAGAGACAUUGCCUCUGCACCAGUGUGCCAUCACAUCCUUCGAUGUAUGCCUGUCCUUGAGUCUUUUUGUUACAGGUGGUAGUGAUGGCUCUGUCCGGAUCUGGAACUUCCACGGGAGACUCAUAGCCAUACUGGACUCGUCACUGCACUUUGGCCCAGUGUGCUUUGCAAAUGACCGGGCUGACCUGCUUGUGACUUUCAACCAGAGUCUUUAUCUGGUAUCCUGUUUACAGCUGCUGCCCCCGACCCUGCUGGUUCGCCUUUCCUUUUUGAGCCUGACAGAUGAAGUGCUAGAGGCCCCUAAGCCUUUCAUACCGAGCUUCUUCUUCUCCUUUGAGACCAUUUUUGUGCCCAAGUAUGUCUACCUUGGACAAGGGCAACAGGAAUUAGUAGGUCUGGAGAAACUUGUCAAUAAGAGGGCCAUUGCCUUUGACCAUGCUGUGCCACACGUCAUCGAAGAAGAUGAGCAAGGGAGUGUUGUAUUAUUGUCUGCCCCAAAACGCGGUUCCUUGGAUGAGGAGAAAACCAAUGUAAAGACUCAGGUCAGCCAACCUUAUCCCCAUUAUGUGGUUUCUCCCCAACUACAGCUGACAACCUGGGAUGGAAUCAACCCCUAUCAGAUACUUAGAUACUACUUUGGUCAUGAGCGGAAAUGGCCCUUAGCUCCUGAUUGCUACAUCCCCAACUCGGUGAUUCGUGCCCGUCUUUGGCCAGAAGGCAGCCCGAUAUACCUACAGUGCAACCUGCACUCACCCAUACGGGAACUGGACUGGGACAAGUCCCAACAAUUCUUUUUCUGGCACCAUAAAGCAAGACUUAUACAUGACAUAAAAUAUUCACAGGAAAAAGAAGAUGAAGACUUCCUAGAAAUGAGAAUGUCCAAAGACAUAACCUACAGUGUCCUUACAGACUCAACAAACCGCAGUUGGCUGGGAAAAAGGAUGAGUGAAAUAGCUAUUAAUAGCCUGAUUGAGACAAUCCUCAACAUCAUGAUCCAUGCUACUCCACUGAAGUACCAAUGCUGUAUUGGUGUGCUGGGGCAAAUCUUUGCCUCUUACCAGGUGUCUCCUUCCCUGCGCUCUGAAACAGCCCAUCGUCUGCUAGAUGAUACAACCAAUUCUAAUCCACUGAUCCGAGAGCUAGCCUGGGAAGGGCUGAAGCGUCUAGGAAUGAUCACUCAUCUCUUUGCCAUGCCCCUGGCCCAAGGGUUAAUGGACAAGGACCAAAGAGUGAGGAAUAAGGCCCUGAGCCUCAUGGUUGACACUGGAGUCCAAACUAAGACCUCACUCUUAAACUUGAUCCAGAACCGGGAGACUUACCAGGAGAUGCAGCAGGAAAUGAUUGGGAAGGAAACUCUGGACCAUUUGCUGGGGAUGCGUGCCACAGAUCUCCAACUCCUUCACACUCAAGUGGAGCAACGACUGAAUGAAAACCUGACCUUGUCACAUGAAGAUGAAAAGCCUGCUUUUUCUUUAGAUAUCUCAAAGGUUUCCAAGCAACAUGAUCUAAUUCCUGAAGAAACUGAAGUUGUCAUCAAGCCCAGCAAAGGCCUAAGACGGGGUCGAGCAGAAGGCAAAAAGCAUACCCGAAAAUUGUUGCGGGUCUUCAAGAAGAUGAAAGAGCCAGGUCCCUUAGAGGGUGAAAGUGAUCAGAAGGAACCUGUGCCAGUGGUGGUGGAGGAUACCGCUAUAUAUCCUACAAGGUCUUCAAUCUCCAGUGUACUAAAGAUUGCAAAAGAUGCUGAACAACAACCUACAGAGAAAGAUGUCUCAAAGGAUGUUGCAGUGACCCUUAAGAUGCUGAGGAAAAUACGUGACAAAAGAGGCAAGAAAAGAACAGUUGAUAAACACAAAAAGAGGCACAAGAAGACAAAAGUUGCUGAUGUUGUUACUGAGGAACCUGUGCCUAGUGUAAAAGAAGAACGAGUUAUGAAGAAGGUGAAAGCCAAAGGGCGGGGUGUCACUGGAGCUCCUGGCCACAGGGUUACCCCUGGAGAUGGCUCAUCAUGGCGGGAUGACCUAUGUCGUCUUAUGACUCUGAGGAUAUCUACUUCCCAAACAAAAAUGUUAGAUGCUCUAAGCACUGACCUAGUGACCAUGUCUAAACAGGUGCUGGAAGACAGGCACCCCAGCUGGGAACUCUUUCAGAAGAUCUGCCCCCUGUUGAAGAAAGAAAGUGAGGUUCUGCUUGAGGACCUUGACUGGGAUGUAGCCUGGCCAGAGGAGAAACCAAUUUUUAUUCAGGAAGAAGCAAUCAGAGUGGACACGGUAAUCACAGACAGCGAAGAGGUACCAAAGGAGCAAGAGCAAGUGCAAAAGAAAGCAAGUGACAUGCAGGACUUAGAGGAAACCCAGGUGAUUCCCAAAAAACGCAAGAAAAAGAAAGUUAUAUUUUUAGAACCAGGCGGCCUAACCAAGGGGAAACACAUAUUAAAGAAAGAGGAGAAAUCCUCUAAGAAACCCUCUAAGCAAAAGAGGAAAGCAGUCCAGAAGGAAAUAAAAGUGGAUAAAAAAGAGAGGGAAAUGACCAAAACAGAGAGAGAUGUGAGUCAGGAAGUGGGAGAAAUGGCCAAACCAGAGGAGAAAGUGGUUGAGCCAAAAGGAGAACCAGUUAUGGAUGAGAGGAAGUCUUCUUGGCAGGAUUGGAAGAUGUCCUGGGAUCAGUGGAAACAGGCAAAUGGUGAGACAAAGAAAUCUUGGAAUGAAUGGAAGAAGGCCUGGGAUAUGGGGCAUCUUGAGAAAGAGGAGAAACCACAAGAAGACAAAGAGAAGCUAUCCCUAGACGAGGAAAAACUGGAUGAGGACAAGAAACUGGGAUGGGAUGAGUGGGCACUGGCCUGGGAAAAGAAGUUGUCGGACAGCUCCAGGGAGCAACCGUUCAAGGAUGAGGAGAAAGUGACCCUGGAGGAAGAAGAGUUGUCUCAGGAGUGGGAAGAAGAAGGAAGAGAAGAAAAAGACGAAGAGGAAGAAGAAAGAGAAAAAGAAGAGCUGGUGACAGAAGAGCAGAGACAGAUCCAGGAAGAAUAUAAACAGGCCCAGGUCGAGAGGAAACGAGCCCAAGCUGAAAGACAACGAGCUCAAGAAGAGAGGAAGCUGGCACAAGAAGAGGAGAAGUUGGCACAAGAAGAGAGAAAACUGGCCCAGGAAGAGAAGAAACUGGCCCAGGAAGAGAGUAAACUGGCUCAGGAAGAUAGGACGAUGGUCCAGACAGAGAGGAAGGUUCUCGAGGAAGAGGAAAACCUGGCUCAAAGAGAGGAGAGAGUAAGCCAAGAAGCAGAGAAAUUGGCCCAGAAAAGGAUGAAAAUGGCCAAGAAAUUGGAGAUACUAGCUAGAGGAGAAGAGAAAAUAGCAAAGAAAGGAGGGAAGCUGGCCGAGGCAAAAAAGAUAUUGGUCCAGAAAAUGGAGAAAGUGACCCAGAAGGAGAAAGAUCUGGCACAGCAAGAAAAGGAACUAGCCCAGGACUUGGAGGAGCUGACAUGGGAAGAAGAGGAACUGGCUUGGAAAGACGAAGAACUGAGUCAGGAAGAGGAGGAACUGGCUAAGGAAGAGGAGGGACUGGUUGAGGAGGAGGAGGCAUUGGCCUGGGAAGAAGAGAAACUGACUAUGGAAGAGCAAAAACUCAUCCAGGAAGAAGAGCUUCUAAUCCAGGAAGAGGAGAAACUGGCCCAGGACAAGGAAAAACUGCCCGAGGAACAGCAAAGACUUGCUCAGAAAAGAAAGCAAUUGAUGGAGAAAAAGGAAAAACUGGCCCAAGAAAUGGAAAAAUUGGUCCAGAAGAAGGCGGAAUUGGCAAACAAAAAGAAAAUACUAGCCCAGAGGGGUAAGACUCUGACUCAGGAAAAAGAGAAGCUGGCUCAGAAGAAGGUGAAAUUGAAUCAGAAGAAAGAGAACUUACACCAGCUCAAAGAAAACCUCGCCCAGAACAGAAAGAAAUUAGUCCAGGUAAAGGAGAAACUGGACACUUACAAGAAUAAAUUGGUUCACAUAGAGGAGAAGCUGAUGGAGGGAAAAAAGGAACUUUUCCAAAAGAAGGAGAAACUGGCUGAGGAAGAGGAAAACCUGGACCAAGAAGAGGAAAAGCUGGCUGAGAAACAGCACAAGCUAGCCCAGGACAAAAUGAAAUUAGCUCUAGAGGCAAGCGCAGUAUUUCAAGAACUGCUCAAAGAAGAGCAGGAUGUUAUUAAGGCAGAAAAAGAACUGGGUAUGGCAAUGAAGAAACUGGCUCAAAAGAAGAUGAAACUGGCUGAGGGAAAGGAAAUUCUCCCUAAGGGAGCGACUAAAGAAACCAAGCCACAGAGGAAACUGAGUAAGAAUGAACUAGAACUGAUGAAGAGGAAAUUGUCACUAGAGGAGGAGCUACUGACGCAUGAAGAUAGGCAACUGGCCACAAAGCAAAAGAACAUUGCAAAAGAAAAAUUAGAACUUACUAGAGGAAAGAGAGUAUAUGCCCAGGAAGAAAGGAAGCUAGCCAAAGUAAUAAGGAAGUUGGCUAAAGAAAAUAUUUCCAUGGAACAAUCAAAACAGAGCAGCAAAAUCUUAAAGGUACUUCAAAAUCUUAUCAAAAAAGAAAGGAAACUAACCCAGGAAGAAAUACAGAUAACAAAGACAAAGAGGUCACUAUCUAUCAAGGAAAGGGGAUUAAGCAAGGAACAAAAUGAAAUUGAUGCCAAAGAGCGGGAUAUUUCUGAGGAACACUCAGAAAUGACCAAAAUUGAGAAGAAACUGGCUGAGAGGCAGAGAAAACUGGCCAAGGAAAUUAGAAAAAUGAUAAAGAAAGAGAAAAAACUAACUGAAGUAGAAAGCAGAUUGGCCAGGCAACACAGAGAAGUCAUACAGGAAGAAGAGGAGGAAGGAAUAACAGAAGAAAAAGAGGUAAUGCCAUUCCUUAAACAAGAGUCAGAAAAGAGUAAAGAGUUAAAGAAAAUUGAUGGGCUGCAGAAAGAGUUUCUCAGUCAAGGGGAUGAGGUGGAAAGUGAAGAGAGCUUUCCUGGAGAAAUAGAGAACCUGUUAAGUGAAGUAGAGCGAGAGAGUUUGUCUGAGGAGCUGGGAGAGGAAGAAGAGGAGGAGGAGGAGGAGGAAGAGGAAGAGGAGGAGGAGGGGGAGGAGGAAGAGAAGGAAGAGGAGGAGGAAGAAGAGGCAGAAAUGUUUGAGGAGGAUGCAAGCAUGUAUGAUGAAAAGAUAGAAAGUUUGAGCGAGAAAGAGGAGGAAGAAGAGAGAAGCUCAUUGGGAGAAGAGAUAGAUAAGGAAAAAAAGAUCUUAAAAGAAAAACUAUUUAAGUUACAAGAACAAAGAAUAAAGGACCUAAGAGGAAGAGAAACACUACCAUCUAUUAGAAAAAGAAUCCCUGAGGUCGAAGGUAGUGUUAUAAACCUGGGAGUUACACAAAGCCCUUCCAAGAAACUGAUCUCAGUAGCUCUAGGGAGGAAAGAGGCUAUGCCAGUGCCAGUGUCUGCGAAACAAAUACCCUGGAAAGAUAAGGCCACAGUACUUGAGACAUCCAGGAAAUUCCCAGAGACAAGGUUUAUGGAAAAACAAGAAGAACUGUUGAAGAAAUAUAAGUCCAUUCCUUUACAAGUUUGGGAUAAGGUUUUAGAGUCACAAGAGCCACACUUAAGGACCCCAUAUUUUUCCCACAUAUUGAGGAAGACCAUGGAAGCUCAAAAACUCCAAGGCAAAACACUAGGGGACAGGUGGCAGUGGCUUUUGAAGCGUCAUCCACCUUUGGUGGGAAAGACUGGAGUACCAUUACCUGUGCCUGAAAUCCUGGAUGAGGAUAUAUAUGAAGACAUAAGCCUCUCAGAGGUGGAGUGGAUCCAUGAUGUCUUAGAACGGAUGGAUGCAGGAGAACAGCUUUCCAGGGACAGUUUCCACAGAUUGUGCCAGCUUCUCAAAGACCUCACCUCAAAAGGAACCUUAGAGUGGAUGCAUCUGGCCAAACUUGAAGCUAUUGUGUACCGUCACAGACAGGUCCUGGAAUCAAGAAGCACGCGUAUCUCAAAAUCCAGCAAGGAGCCGAUGGGUCCAAAAUACCUGAAAGUGAUCCCUCCUAUAAAAGGAAAGGAAAAGGAAGGCUGGCUAAAGCCUUUGGCUGUCCCCACACCAAAGUCCUCAUUAGCUCCCAAGAGGAUUCCAGACCCAAAGGCUGUAAAUUGGCAUCUUCUAGGAGAGCCUUACAGGAGUGCGCGGGCACAGGAGUUAUCUAGUGCUCUCAGGGAGAUGGAGAUGCGGCACUUUUAUCCUGCCCCUAGAGACAUUUUCACAGGUGCCCAUGCCUCUGUGGAAAAACAGACCCUAGCACUGAUGUUUCAGAAGGACUUCUGGGCUUUUAAGGAUAAGGGUAGGUUUCCCAAAUUGCCCAAGGUGGAGAAGAAGGCCCAGCCUAGCUCUAAAAAAAAGGAAGAUGUGCCUCUAUGGGAGACGUUCGUGGCACUGUACCAUGUUUUGCGGAUGUUGCAGAAGCGAUACGCAGAAGACAGUGCUGCUUGGAUGGAACAGUUUUACCAGCUCAUGGACCUGUACCAACUUAAGUCCCCCGGAAUCCGGAGGCUGUUACAGGAGCUGCUACUGAGAGAGGCACCCAAAUCCCAUGAGAUUGUGUACACAGAGGCCCUACGGGACAUGGAGCUAGCUCCCGGGGAGCGGUUGUUGUACCAUCUGUUUUGUGGUGGCUCUCAUAUCCCUAGAGGUCCUCUGGAGUUCCAGGAGGUGGUGCCCCUCCCGGGGCAAAACAACGUGCGUACCAUACUUCCCAUGGGCAUCGCCCAUUACGGGAUCUUAGAACUCGCCUGGAAGAGCCUGCCCCAAGCUGAUAUUCACCUCACCAUGGAACUGCCCCACAUUGUUUCUCCUACCCCCUAAUUUGGGAAUGACUGGAGGUCAGGACUUUUC